AGAUGCUUGUCUUCGUCCCAAAGCGGCUUCCUGCUCUCUCUCUUUCUCAAAGGCAAAAUCCGUCUGGAUAGUUUCAGUUUCAUAGGACACUCCCGCUUUCUCCGUUCAUGUAAAACCAGGUUAACUAGUUACUUUUUUGUCCCUUGAAAUCUUAUAAAAGGCACUAAAAAUCUUUUUCUUUUCAUCAUUUACUGGCCGACCUUCAACCGCAUCAUGAAUCCCCAUCGUGUAAUCAGCACGCUGAUUUUCUUGGUCGUCUGCUGCACAUUUUCGUUAUCGGACGAUUCGCAAGAUCAAGCAUUCAAAGCUUUGGCCGACCUCUCUGCAGUCGGCAGUCGUCGAAGUUAUGGGGCUGGACCUUCUUCUUCUUACGCGUCGUACGGAAACCAAUACCAAUCCGUUCCAGUCCCAGUUCCCAUAAGCCCAGUCACGUCUUACGGCUAUGGACAACCUCAAGUGAUCCUUCCAAAGGCUCCUAAAGCCAAAGGAUGGAUGAAAAGCAUUUUCAAGUCGUCAAACAAGGGCGCCACAUCAGCCUACCCUUCUUACGUCAUACCAUCAUACGGAUCAUCUUAUACUUCUCAAUAUAGUGGCAAAUCGCCGUACGCAGAGCGAUACGGUGACUACCCAACUGGCUACAAUAACGGUUACUCCGGGUCUUACGGGUCUUCCUACGCUCCAGCCUAUGGUUCCGGAUCUUACGGGUCUUCUUUCGCCCCAGAAUUUGGAUCAUCUUACAACAACAGAGGCCCAUUGAUUCCUCCCUAUCAACCAAACUUUGGUGGUAUAGGAGGUUUCGGUCUGGAUUUCCCACUGCAACCGCCACUAGUCGGCUCAUCGCUCUAUGGAUCGCCGGGGUAUGGAUCGUUUUACGGCCUCAAUUAUGCCGGAGUCGGUGGGAAUAUAAUCGGAGGAAAUAUAGCAGGAGGAUCUUUCGGGUACGGCGGAUACCAGCAGCAGCAGUCUUAUACGCCCACCUUGUUUGGCGCAUUCGAUAAUUAUCGAGGUCCGAUUUACAACGGUGGAUUUAGACCAACGCUGGGGCCGUACGGCGGAAAACCGUUUAGCGAUUUGCUCUCGGUGACAGAUUCGUACGGACGGCCACUAUUCCCUUAUCCUUCGACCGAUGCUCUGUUUGCUAAAAAAUCCGAUUCCUAAUUGCUUUCCCAAGAAAUUCUGCCUUUGUUGUUUUCUCAAUUUUCUCAACGUCCGGUACGAUGUUUCCCAACUGAUUUUGUCGCCACUCAUCUACGUGAAAGGGUCGUUACAUAAUGCAACAACACUAACCAAUCAUAAGCGUCAUUUAUUUUUAUGUUAUGUGUUAAAGCUUGAAAUAUGUGGAAUCUCAUCAAGGAUAGAUAAUCUAACGGGAUAGAUGCCCUGAUUAUGUAUGUUUUCAAUAUAUAUUUUUGCCUUGACAGAUUGUCUGCUGGAAGAAAUAAAUCAAUUACAAUUUGAA